AUAACGGCUUCCUCCUCUCUCCAACAACGUCGUACAGUCAUGAUUUGCUCUCAUUCGCCGUAGAAAUCCCCAUUUCUCCGUCAAGGACCUUAAUGAUGCUACCUACACGGUCUGCACUCCAUAUUCGACGAUACUCUCCAAAAAUGACCACUACGACACCAACGCUGCUGCGUCUACCAGUCCCUGCUCUCCGUAAAACGCUAGACAAAUACCUAACAUCCUUAGAGCCCUUUUUGCUAGAAGAUGCCUCCAAGAAAGGGCUGGAUGAUGAUGCUCUCGAUGCGUCUCGUCGACUUCGUGCUCAGUGGGCUGAUGAAUUUGCAUCAGGUGUAGGAAAACUCUGUCAGGAUAGACUGCUGGAACUUGACAGAGCAUCUCCGAACAACUGGCUGGAUGACAAUUUUUGGAUGAACAACGCGUAUAUGGAAUGGAGAGCUCCGUUGCUCAUCAAUUCCAAUUGGUGGCUUGCUUUCGAGGACGAUGCGAACAUUCCUGUAUCGGAAAAGGAACGAAAAGAUGGCCACUUCAAGACUGGGUUCUCCAGAUGGCAGAUUAAGAGAGCGGCUUGGUUGCUUCAUCGAAUAUUAGAGUUCAAAAUCAAACUUGAAACGCAGGAGUUAUACCCGGAUACUACGCGGACAGGUAUCUGGCUAAGAGAAAGCACAUCAAAAAUGUUUAACGUUGCGCGGAUACCGAAGCAUUCUUGCGACAUCUUAUCACCUGUACCUCUACCGACGGAUCCAUUCGCCUAUAACAUCGUAGUUAUGGUACACGGAUGGUUCUACAGAGUCUCUGUCAUGGAGUCGCCUUCCGUUUCGAUGGACGUUGGCCAUUUGGCGCGAUACCUAGAAGCUGUUGUUUCGGAUGCUGAACAGCGACUGAUCGAUGGCGAAGAACCGGUUUCCAUCGGACUUUUGAGUGCAGAUGAUCGUGACAAAUGGUCAGAAAACUUCGAACAUCUUCUUGCUCUUUCUGAGUCCAACAAAAUGGUACACACAACACUGUCGAAUUCGCUCAUGGUACUGAGCCUUGACAACGAAAUUUAUGAAGACCCUACAUCACCGAACCCAUCAACGAAAGAAUAUUCUUUCAACUCCCACCUCCAUGUCAUUCGUUCGACAGCAAGCAACGUUGGUAACAGAUGGUUUGAUAAAGCUUUCACCCUCGUCGUUGACCCCGCAGCGCGUUCUGGCGCCAUGGGCGAGCACUCUCCAUGCGACGCCUUAGUUCCAAGCAUUGUCGCCGAGUAUGGAAUUAUCCAAGGUAUCAAUGGAUCUCAUUUCGAGAAUGAUUCCUCUCUUCCAUCACGAGGCCAGAGGUGGGACCGGCUAGACUGGGUUGUCGACGACUUCAUCAAGGAAGAGUGUGGUAUGGCGAAGAAACGUGCCGAGAGGAUCAUUGAGGACUCGGAUGAUAGUGUUUUCUGGUUCUCGGAUUAUGGGGUAGACUGGAUCAAGGGAGUCGCGAAAUUGGCUCCUGACGCGUUCAUACAGAUGGCGCUGCAAGUGACAUGGUACAAGAUGCGGGGACAAUUCACCGCGACGUAUGAGACUGCGCUGACACGGAUGUUUGACAAAGGACGAACAGAAACUAUCCGGACGCUGACCCGAGAGAGUCGUGCAUUCUGCUUGGCGAUGGUUGAUGGUCGUGUAACGGCAGAAUCCAAACGCGCUGCACUUGAGUCAGCUAUCAAAGUACAUACCAGAUUAACCCGUGAAGCUGCAACGGGCAAAGGGAUUGAUCGCCAUCUUAUGGGUCUACGGCUGAUGCUAUGCCCAGAGCUUCGAGAACAUACACCACUCUUUGAGGAUCCAUUAUUUGGACAGAGUUCAUGCUGGAAGCUGUGUACGAGUGGGCUUAGUGCUGGUCACCUCUUUCGGGGUACAGGAUUUGGUGCAAUAUAUGAGGAUGGUUAUGGUAUAAACUAUCUUGCUGGAUCUAGUAUGAUAAAGUUUGGGAUUGAAUCCAAAUUUUCUAAUUCUCUUACAUCUACAUCUGCUUUUAUAUCUACUCUUGCUGAUGCUCUUAGAAGUAUGCAGAAUAUCUUUUGUUUAGAUAUACAUUCAGAAAAUGUUGCUAGGACUCAUUUAUAAUUGUCUUAUUUGAUGUAUAGAUCAAG